AUGCAACUUGCAGUUCGUCAAGAAGACGCCGAUGUCUUGCUUAAACAAAAGAAUAUCUUAGAUGAAGCUAUCCUUGAAAAAUAUAGAGUAGCAGGUCAAAUUACACAAACUGGGUUAACAUACAUCAAAUCAUUAAUUAACAACUCCUAUCACUUGACUGGAUCCAAAGUCACCAUUCAACAAUUAUGUCUCUUGGCUGAUUCCUUUUUAACCAAGUUAUUAUCUCGUCAAUACGUCAAUACUGUUAAUGAAAAGGGAAUUGCACACCCAACCACUAUUAAUGUCAACGAGUUAAUCAACGGAUUUGCUCCUGAAAUCGAUGAUGAACGUUCCUUCACUUUUAAGGAAGGUGAUGUUGUUACUAUUAGUUUAGGGGUUCAUAUUGAUGGGUACGCUUCCCAAGUCAGUCAUACUAUGGUUAUUUACCCACCUUCUCCUGAUUUCAAGCCUGCUGGUCCAUUGUUGGGAUCAAAUGCUGAUGCUAUCUGUGCUGCUCAUGUUGCAGUAGAAACCAUGGUUGCUUUAUUAGGUUCCUCCUUAUCUCCAGAAAAGUUACCAAACAACUUGAAAAACCCAAGCAAUACCAUCACUGGUCAACAAAUUAGAGGUCUCGUUGAUGCUAUUGCCGAUUCCUUCAACUGUAUUGUUGUUCCUGGAUCCAAGAUUAGAAGAGUUAGAAGAUUCUUGGCUGGUCAAGCCGAAGGUGUUGUUGCUGAACGUGACUUCAAGGGUGUUGUCUGGGAUGAAUCUCAUCAAGAAAGCAGAUUAUUGAAACAAGCUACCACUUCUACUGAAUUGAUAUUACAAGAUAGCGCAAACAAGCCAACUCAAACAAGUAAUUCAUCUGCUGUACCAACGGAUGAAUUUGUUGUUUUACCUGGAGAGGUUUACCAAAUUGAUAUCCGUAUGGCUGGAUUGCAAAAUAUUAAUGAGGUUGGUAUUAUCACUACCGAAGAAAUUGAUCAUUUCACUGGUAAGAAUAAUAAGCAAGAUUUCAACUGUAAGAGUUCUGUUUUCAUCCGUGAUUUUGCCGUUACUCAUCAAUUAAAAUUGAAGACUUCUCGUAAAUUAUUGAGUGAAAUCGACAAUGAAUUCUCUGUUUUCCCAUUCAAAUUAGAUUACGUCGGUAAGAAUUUCCCAAUUAACUUGGAAUCAAGCGAUGAAGAAAUCAAGAAGCAAAUUGAAGCUAUUGGCCAAGAUAUGAAGUCUCACAGAUUAGGUGCUUCCGAGUUAACCAACCGUCAUUUAAUCAAGGCCAAGCCUAUUCAAAUCACCAAAUUCAUUCCAUUGGAACAAAUAUUGUUGACUUCUAACCCAACUGGUAAGCACGGUAUUGAUGCUGCCAAGCCUGUUUUACCAGGUAUGGAAAUCCCAUUACCUAAAUUAGGUAUAUCUUCCUUGAAAUUGAAGGCAUUAUUAAAACACGGUAAGAACAUAAGCAAUGUGAGAGAAUCAACCACAGUUAUAAUAAAUAACAAUGGUGAUGAAGUGAUUAGAUUAACUGGUGGGGAAAAGACUGCCAAGCCAAGUUGGGUUCAUUCACAAUACAAAUUGGCAGGUGAAAUUAACGAAAUUGUUGGUCACUUGAUCCAAUUAACUAAAGAUAAGAGAUUUGGUAUCAAGGUAAAGGAAAUCAACCCUUACAAGAUGAAACAGUCCAAUAUGGCUGUUGAAUCCAUGCAAUUAGAUUAG